AUAUUUGAGUUUUAUUUUUGAGCAAAUUGUAAUUGCUAACUAGUUUUGAAAUUAUUUAUUUGUACCAUCUUGCCUUAGAAUAACAUGGGAUAACAGGAACAGCAUUACUUGUUACUUGUGUCAUUAAAAGAAUGGAGAUGUUGUGUAUAACGUGCGGUGCUUCUACCAAUAAGUACAAGUGUCCAAAAUGUUUAGAAGCAUAUUGCUCGCUUCCCUGUUACAAAGAACACCAAAAAGUACUAUGUCAGCGAACUCAAAAAACAGAUGAUAAAUUCGUUGAAGAUGUACGGCAUAAGGAACCCACUCUGCAUGAACCUUUCAGUACUGAAGACACGGUACCACGUAACAAACUGGAACUUUUAAAGGACUGUAAACCAUUAGAGAACUUGCUUUAUAAUUUACACCUGCGAAAAUUACUUUCUGAGAUAGAUGUUGCUCCUAAUGCUUGGAAAGCUAUGAAGGCAGCAAUGCAAGAACCACUUUUUUUAGAAUUCGCUGAUGAAUGCUUGAAAAUUGUUGAACCACAGAAUGCACUUGAUUAAGAAAUAUAUUACCUAUUACUUACAUUAAA